AUGGCUCUCUUCCCACGCAGCGGUCCCCACAGCGAAUUCGGCACCCUCUUCCGCCUCCUCGACGACUAUGACGCCCACCGCUCCGACCGCAGCGGCGGCGGCGCCCUCUCCUUCGCCCCCAAAUUCGACGUCCGCGAGACCAAGGAGGCGUACAUGCUCGACGGCGAUCUGCCGGGAAUCGACCAGAAAGACAUCAACAUCGAGUUCAGCGACCCGCACACCCUAGUGGUGCACGGCCGGACGGAGCGCUCGUAUUCCUCUGGGCCUCCCCCGUCUGGCAAGGCGGCUGAGGGAACCGCGGUGGCCAAGGGCAAGGAGCCGGAGACGGGAGAGAGAUACUGGGUGUCGGAACGAUCGGGAAAUUUGGGUAUCUUUUUGUUGCGUGGCACCUCGUUAGUCUUUGCAAAAUGGCAGUCCACCUUCUGUGAUUCCGGUGCGAGAUCUACGGCAUCUGCUGCGAUAGUCGAGUCCAAUAGCCCGUUGCCGGGCCAACCGCCACAGUUUAUAUUCAACGUUCACAAAUCACUCCCGCUGAAACAGAGCAAUUGGCGACAUUCCAGCGCGCGCGCACAAAUUGAAAUCGUCUAUACAAAAAAGAAAAUGGCUCGACUACGGCAAGCUCCGUCAGCUCGUCUGGAGACAAGCGCCGCUCCCCGCGUCCUAAAGAGCGCGCGCGCAAACAUCGACACUCCGACAACGCACGCCGAGCGCAAACGUCCAAGCCCAGUCGCGCGAGAAAAGGACGAUAAAAGGACGAUUGUUAUCCACGAAAGUGAAGGCGAGGCAGCCUUCGAAGACGAGUACAGCGACGAAGCCGGAGAGAAACGAGGCGGCUCACGGUACUUUGAUCUGAGUGCAGAGGAAAGCGACGCCGAAGAAAGCGACACGGGGAGGUUGAAAGAGGACAACGCCGGCCAUGAUUACUUGAAGCUACAAUGGAAGAGGACUCUACAGCCACUGGGCCUUAAUCGCGCGAACACCCUUCCUCGAAGCCGCCGUGUCUCCGCGAGAGAAGAAAACCGAUAUUACGAUUAUCUAUCGGAUGAUGAGAACAUGAGCACGGGAAGCGGGGACUAUGAAAAGGAAAACGACGAGAAAGGACUAUUCAAUGAAACGAAGCUGAGUGCUGGCGGUCCCAGGCUGCGGCGACAUGCAGACAGAGUGCAGAGGCCAGUUCGCAAGGGUGCGAGGGAGCCGAGCAUUGGAGAACAAUACAUUUCUGAAGAUGAUGAACAGGACGGGCCGGGUGGAAGUAGCGAUGAUGAAGAGUUUGAUUCUUUGGAUGGCUUUAUCGUGGGCGACGACGAGGAUAUCAGUUAUCAAGAAAGCACUGAUGCUGAGGCAGAAGAAAGUAACGACGAAAUAGUCCUUCAACCGAGAAGUACAGGAAGAAGGCUGCUCAGAGGCAGAAGACCUUCACGAUUGCAAGAUAAAGAGGAUGUUGGGAAGAACACAAAGGCCAACACAAACACAGACAAUGGGCAUGGUGUGCCUGACUUGGAUGUGUUGGCUGACAUUCUGGACAAAACAAAUCUCUCAACAUCAGAUUUGCAACCUGAUGCUCUCUCAAAUCAAGAGGAGAAUCCGAAGAAGCAAAAGUUGAAGGCCCAAGAGAGCAACAUCAUGGGCAACAGUGAAGAUGGGGACGGCGAGUCCAUCACUGCCCCCGUCCACUCGCAUGAAGAAGUACUACCCAAGGCGAAAAAAGCAGUGGGAUUCGUCACUCCUCCCGGCAGCCCUUCGAAGCCGCGUCUGCAAUCUCCAAAAAAGACCCCAAAGCGAAUUCCGCCAUCGCCAUAUCGACCAAGCAUCGACGCUUUCUGGAGUCAGGAUAUUGUGAGCAGCUGGAAUGAUAAAUUCACGCCCAAGCAGCAGAAAACGCCCAAGAAGUGGCUUACAGACUUCACGAUAUUCUCUGAUAAGGACGACGAAGAGGAUUUCCGUCAGUCUUCUCCCGAAAAGGCGCCUCCGCGGUCUCCGCAAAAGACAACUGCGAGUCCCGCGAAGUCGAUUGCAGCAAAAAAGAAAGCAGCCAAACGUGAAUUUGACAUGAAAAAGGCAUCUCUUGCAGAAGAAUUUUUCAAAGAGCUAGACAACCGUGUGACCGAUGGCGAAAUCCAGAGGCUAGCCGCAGCAACAGGUGGAGUGCGAAUAACGUGGAGCAAGAAACUCAACACGACAGCCGGACGAGCUACUUGGAAGCGCGAGCAUUACAAGCAUAAACAGCCGGUGCAGGAGGCAUCCAGCUGCUUCGCUGCUGAAGAUAACUCAAACGAGCCGGGUACAACCACCUCUCCCCAAAAGCCCCUGUCCCAGACCUCAUACCGUCACCAUGCGUCCAUCGAGCUCGCUGAUAAAGUCGUGGAUUCGGACGACAGGCUCUUCAACACUCUCGCCCACGAGUACUGCCAUUUGGCCAACUACAUGAUCUCAAAUGUCCGCGACAACCCUCACGGGGCGAGUUUCAAGGCUUGGGCGCAGAAGUGUAAACAGGCACUUGAUGAGAACCCCGCGUAUGCCGGACGGGUCCAGAUUACUACCAAGCAUACAUAUGCGAUCAAUUACAAGUAUAUCUGGUGCUGUGCGAGCUGUGCACACGAGUACGGGAGACAUUCGAAGAGUAUUGAUACCGUGAAGAUGAGGUGUGGGAAGUGCAAGGGGACGUUGGUCCAGGUUCAGCCAAAGCCGAGGAAGACCGCUGCUCUCUUGACAAAAGUCGAUUGGGAGCAUUCAGUUGGAUAA